UAUUGUACCUCAAUUUUAUUGUAAUGAUUUUACUGGUUACCAGGUGGGGUGGCAGUUGAAAAAUUUGGUGAAUGCACUACGAGAGGAUCCGAGUGGUGUUAUCUUAACUUUGAAAAAGCGACCUCAGAGCAUGCUUACCUCAGCACCAGCUUUACUGAAAAAUAUGAGAUGGAAGCCCCUUGCUCUGCAGCCUCUUAUUCCCAGAAGUCCUACAAGCAGUGUUGCUACACCAUCCAGCACUAUCAGCACACCUACAAAAAGAGACAGCUCUGCACUCCAGGAUCUUUAUAUACCACCUCCUCCAACAGAACCUUACGUUCCCAGGGAUGAAAAAGGAAAUCUCCCAUGUGAUGAUGUUGGCAGACAUACAGUAGGCAAACCAGUUCAUACAGGAUCCGAAUCUCCAAACUCAUUUCUUGACCAGGAGUAUCGAAAGCGUUUUAAUGUGGUUGAGGAAGAUGCAGUGUUAUACUGCUAUGAGUAUGACAAGGGAAGAACAAGUGGUCCUGGAAGGAGAGAGAGCACACCAACUUAUGGAAAACUAAGGCCUAUUUCUAUGCCAGUAGAAUAUAACUGGGUGGGGGAUUAUGAAGAUCCCAAUAAAAUCAAACGAGAUAGUAGGAGAGAAAAUUCGUUGCUACGCUAUAUGAGCAAUGAGAAAAUAGGCCAAGAAGACUACAUGUUUCAAAGGAAUAGCAAAAAGGAUACUGGGAAAAAGUCAAAAAAGAAAGGAGACAAGGGUAAUAGUCCUAGUCAUUACUCGUUGUUGCCUAGUUUACAAAUGGAUUCAUUGAGACAAGAUGUCAUUGGCACACCUGGACCAGAGACCACUUUGUACCAUGUGAGUAAAAAUAAUAUUAAUGGAACCUUUUGCUCUAUGCUUCCUAUGAGAGACUGUCAUGUUUUUGUAGUGGUGUUGAAGACUUCUUUUGACUGCUUAUCUUGCGGUCCUGACCUUGUUUCCUGACCUUUUGAUAAUAAUUUGUUUAAAG